AUGUCUUCUCUGACAUAUAUCAAUGAAGAAGGCGUCGGCCAAAAACAUAGCGACCUCUGCCAUUACUCCCAAGCAGUCAUCUUGGGAAAUAUCGUCAAGUGUUCGGGGCAAGGGGGUUGGGACAACGCGGGUGUUCUGGAUGCCAACAAUAUUCCGGGGCAAGUGGAUCUCGCCUUUGAAAAUGUGGACAGAGUGCUCCAAGCUGCGGGACUUCGUGGGUGGGAAGAUGUUUAUUCGAUCCGAAGUUACCAUGUCGACAUCGAUUCUUCAUAUAAUCGCACCGUUGAAAAGCUCAAGGAGCGCAUCCCGGGUCAUCGACCUAUUUGGACUGCCAUCGCCGUGCCUCAACUAGCAUUCCCCGCGAUGAGAAUUGAGGUGGAGGUGGAGGCCAUUAAACAAGUGUAA